UGACGCGGGUAUAAGUUGCGUUGUAUUACGUAUAUCGUGAUAUGAUUGUCACAGAUUGACCGACCGUAAUAUAACUUUACAAUUGUUUAUCAAGUUUACCGUCGUAUUUCACAAGUUAUAUGUCACAAUAAUAAUUAAUAUCCCAAAACUAUACAUGGUAAAUUAAUUUAUUAAUUUAAUCAUAAAAAUAUCUUAUAUAAUGGUCUGCUGUCCAUUCUGCAUAUGCGUUGUACAUGGUAACUGAACCGUUCAGAGUUUUGGCAUUGUAACCUUAAAAUAAUGUAACCAGUAGUUACUGCAUAGUACAGUAUUAUAAUGUUAUCAAAUCGAUGGAUCUAUAUCUACAAAUGACCAGAGUUGAUUUAGCCGCGAUGACGAACACAUUUCCAUUGGCGUUGCUCGUUUUAUUUGACGUCGUUUUUGGUAGCGAAUCACCUCCUUGGGUGCUCAACAGAGCUGAUCCUGGUAGUGGUGGUGUGUCGUUCUUCAACAAUACCGUCACUGACUCGUACAUGAUGGUAAGAUGGACCUGGAGGGACUCAGCAAGCGGCUUCUGGGAUACCAGAUUAAGAGUAACGCUUGAUAAAGAAGAAAUAACCGGCGGUGGAUUCUCGUACUCCGAUCAAUAUGAAAACGUAUUGGCGUCGGUCAGAUGGUUUAGAACUAAAAUGGAUGGACCGAUCAAAUGGAAGUACACUUCAUUUUCCUCGCCUCCCAAUAGCUGGUGGUUAACUUCGGUGGUGCCGAAUGGAAAUAUAUCUUGGGGAUUCAAAAAUCAGAUUAUUGACGGCUCGUGGGUGUUUAAAGUCGGUAAUGAUACGCUUGAACCGAAAAACUUUCAAAAUGUAGACCAUUCUCAAGGGACAGGAAAUAGAUGGAUGCGGUCUUUGAAAUCAUACAAGAAUAGCGUUGACAACUUACAGACAAAACAAGAGCAUUUUAUCAAAAUAAAACGAAGAGCCUUAGAUGACGAUUCCGAUGAAAAAGAUAUAAUACAACAAAUUAUUGGAUGUUUCAUGGAAUUUUUCAAAAUAUUCGAUGGACUUUUUCAA